AGGCCAACAGUACAUAACAGUAAGGGCGCAUUGCGCCAACAACGGGCUGCCUGCCCGGAAGAUUAUUCGCCUUGCCUGUGCGAAUUGACUGCCAACGGGAUCGAAGUCACUUGCGUCGAUAUUCCCGUCGCCGAUAUUGCCAACGUCUUUUACCGCACCCGAAACAUCGACCUAUAUACCAGGUCGUCUUAUGACGGCCUCUGGUUCGGGAUCUGUCGAUUUGCCCACCGACCUCUUGAAAGACAAACGCGUUGAACGCAUUUACCUGGGCUGCCAGGUCAAUGCUUCCCCCAAACUCGGCCUCACUAUUGCGCCUUCGACUUUUGAAUUCACGCGGUACAACACGACCGUCUUCGGCAUCUUGAACUGCGAUCUGGCCGGACAGACGGACAUGCAAUACCUGAACGAUUUUUUAAUUCUCAACACUUUGAGAAUUGACGAUUGCGAUAAAAUGGAAGCCAUCGAAAGCCUACCCACUUCUACCUUACCCGCCCUCAAGGAAAUGAUUGUCGUCAACUGCACAGGACUGGAAAAUGUCACCUUUCCCGAUUUGACUCCGGCCAGAUUGGAGCUGUUGCAAUUGGAAGGCAACGGGUUGACCGAUGCGGCCGUCAACAGCAUUUUAGUUUCCGUUGCCAGUUCCUCGUCGUCCAGUUCAUUGCAGAAAUUGGUUUUGUCGAAUGAGUACACGAUGACCAAAGUCCCAAGGAUCGCCUCUUUCUCUAAAUUGGCUUUGUAUGACGUCAGUUUCAACGCCAUCCCUUUCAUGAGCCAAUCAAAUUUGAUUUUCAACGCACCUGUUAACUUGGUCGGCCUCAAAAAUAUCGGAUUGCCCGCCAGGGAUCGAAGGAGGGGCUUUCUUGGGUGACUACUCAAAGGCAUUUGUCUACUUGGAGAACAAUAAACUGACCGAGUUUAGGGAGGACGUCUUCAAAUCGAUGCUGCAGCAGAUGGCCGCUCAGCCUGUCGGUUCUGGAGGUCAAGUUUUCGUCACUGGAAAUCCUUUUGAUUGCGGUUGCGGUUUGGCCUGGUUGAUCCGAGACAAUCCAGCUCUUCUACCCAGUGUCCAGGACGGAGUUUGCGGCGGAUUCUUUAGAUUCGAGGACCUUAAUCCUGAUUCCUAUGCAAACUGUUAACUUGGGUCAAACUGCUGAAAUUUAUUUUUAUAGAAUUUGGUAAUCCCCUUCAGCGUCUUGCUUUAUUAAUUACUUAAACAUUAUGGUAAGCAAUAUACGAUUCAUUCCUGUCAACAUCAAAAUUAUUGUCUUUGAUU